CCGCAUGCAACUGCUGUGCACCUUCCAACACUGCGGCAUCAAAAGACUUUGAUGACUCUUCAACCGCAACCCUGACGCGCAGAUGCAAUACUACAGCUUCCGUUCGACUCAGCCGGCGAGAAGAACAUCACCGAAACUUCCCUUCUUCACCUUCUAGUCACAGACUCCUCUUCAAGGCAUACAAGAAGGCACACUCUCCAGCCUUUGCCAUUAUCCAUACUCCAUUCUUUUCUUGCAUCAGAGUUUAGUUUUGCAUCAACUACUUGUUCAUCGUCUGACGAAAAAUACCGUCUCAUCGUUGCCUCUACCUCCACAUCCGUACCAAUAUACAAUACCUUUCGUCCCAACUCUUCCGGCCCAAUGAUUCUUAGGAUAUAUAGUUUACUUGUGAUCUUUUAAACAUUGGUGUUUUUGACCCCUCUUAUCACUCACCUCCCGACCGCAGCGAUCUCCAGACCAGGAAACACAGAACAAGCAGCCAUGGCAUCAAAACAGGCACCGCACGAACGACGAAAAGGCGAAGCUGCCCUUGGCGACUUUGCCGAGUACGUCGAGAGACAGCAAGCAUUGCGUUACCCGAACAAGGCUGCCCAGAGCCAGAGUGCGACAACAAACGCCCCCGAAGUCGAACAUCAUGCCGAGCUCGACGACAUCCUCGACAGUCUCAACCUCUCCGAGCCCGGUCCGCGAAUAAGACUGCGCGACCUCCUCCUGUCCGCGGCGGAUGAUGACGCCUCCCUCCAGAAACUCGUCGACAUCGUUGGCGAGCGAUUAGACGAAGGCCACGGCGAGUCCGUCUUCGACAUCGGCUUCGAGAACCACGGCGAGAGCAUGAAGUUGACCAAAGAAGAUUGGGAGGUGGCAUACAAGAGGUUAUCGCAGGCCGCAGCCAAGAUUGAUGCCGACUGCCAGCUGCUAUUAACCAAGAACUUGGGCGGCGACCUCGACGGUACCCCGACACGCGAUGGCGACGUGAGCGGCAAGGUGAUGAUCCGUCGACGCCCGUCCGCAGCCGAGGAGGUCAUCGAAACACGAAUAGCAGUCGUGGGCAACGUCGACGCCGGCAAGUCCUCGAUGCUGGGUGUUCUGGUCAAAGGCGACUUGGACGACGGGCGCGGUCGCGCACGCGUGAACCUUUUCAGACACAAGCACGAGAUCGAGACCGGACGCACUUCGUCUGUCGGCAUGGAAAUCAUGGGCUUCGAUUCGCACGGGCAGACCGUUCUCUCCGACACUCCCGGACGUAAGCUCUCGUGGGAAGAAAUCGGCAAGCGCAGUGCCAAAGUAAUCACCUUCACCGAUCUUGCGGGGCAUGAACGGUAUCUGAGGACCACAGUCUUCGGCUUGUUAUCAUCGUCGCCGAACUACUGCCUCCUAAUGGUAGCGGCCAACAACGGACUAAUAGGCAUGUCCAAAGAGCACCUCGGCAUAGCAUUAGCGCUAAACGUGCCGAUAAUGGUGGUCAUCACCAAGAUCGACAUCUGCCCGCCCAACAUCUUGGAACAGACCAUUACCCAGAUCACCCGCAUCUUGAAGUCCCCUGGCGCAAGGAAGAUCCCCAUCUUCAUCAAGAGCCGCGAGGAAUGCAUCAACACCGCCACGCAGUUCGUCUCCCAGCGCAUCUGCCCCAUCUUCCAAGUCAGCAACGUAACAGGCGAGAACUUGGACUUGGUCCGCUCGUUCCUCAACAUCUUACCGCACCACGGACGGUACGACGCUGACGCGCCGUUCGAGUUCCAUGUCAACGACACUUUCAGCGUUCCCCACGUUGGUACAGUCGUCUCGGGGAUCGUUAAGUCGGGGGUCAUCCAUGCGGGCGAUGAGGUUCACCUGGGGCCGGAUGGCUUGGGUAAGUUCACGACCACGGCGAUCAGGUCGAUUGAGCGGAAGAGGAUAGGCGUCCCGGCGGCGAGCGCGGGACAGUCGGCGAGCUUUGCGUUGAAGAGGGUCAAGAGGAAGGAUGUUCGUAAGGGAAUGGUGGUGCUCUCGAAGACUGAAAGUGGGCCGCCGAAAGUGUAUCGGGAGUUCAUUGCCCCAGUCCUAAUCCUCUCCCACGCAACCACCAUCAAAACUAAAUACCAAGCCAUGCUCCACGUCGGCCCCGUCUCCCAGACCUGCGCCAUCAUCGACGUCGACCGUCCGUUCAUCCGAACCGGUGACCGGGCCACCGUCGCGUUCCGGUUCGUCCAGAGACCCGAGUACCUAGUCCCGGGAGACAGACUUCUCUUCAGAGAGGGCAGAACCAAGGGGUUGGGCAUCGUCAAGAGUCUCGGGUAUGAUCCCGAACGGCCGUUGGGUGGGGUUAAUGUGGGCGAGGGGGGUGAUAAGGUGGCUGCGGGCGUCGAAGAUGCUAAGAAUGAGGGUGCCGGUAACGAGGUGAAGGUUGGUGCUUAAUGGCCUGACGCCUGAUGUUGGGGCAUAACGUGGUGCUAGUUUGGGGUUGGGCAUAUGAUGUUGUGAUGACCCAAGUUGGCGUUCGUGUUGCUGUUCUUUCUUUUCCGCAUGGCAUCGUCUCAUUGUUUUGAUAUCUCAUAUACGGAGCAGCGCACUUAGCGCGCAGUACAGGAUUAUUGUUUGAUUAUCUGCGGGUUUUCGAGUAUCAGUAUGGUCCACGUGGUUUUUUGUAAUGUAUCCCAGGUGGAAGAUAAAUGACUUACGGGUAUUGGCAUGACAAACACCAAAAUGGAAAGACGGGAACCCUUAAGCAUCGUACUGA